AUUUCGCUUCGCUCUGCUUAAUCAAAGCAGCAUUACUGUGAUACGUCAAGCCCCAACUGUAAAUUCGCUAGGUGCGGCACUUUUGCACACAACACUCUACCACCGAAUUAGCGGCCCACAACCACGAUGCAGCUCCACGCCAGCAGCCGCGCCGCUCUGCGGCAGGUGCAGCGCAACUGUGUCGCUGCCCCGACAGCCUGUGGCUCUCGGUGCCAGCGUGCUCGGUGCUCGAUUCCGCAACUUGCGGCGACCUCGGCCCCGCGCCUGCCUUCGCCCCUGUUCAGCGAGCGUCACGCAAUUGGGCAGUAUCGCAAUGUGUCUGCUCGCGCUGCGGCCCCCGAGGUUGCGGAGGCGAAGCCGGCUGACGACCGACUGCCUGUGACGGUGAUCACGGGUUUCCUGGGCAGUGGCAAGACCACGCUGCUGAACCACAUCCUGUCCAGCCGCGAGCACGGCAAGCGCAUCGCCAUCAUCGAGAACGAGUUUGGUGAGAUCGACAUCGACAGCAGCCUGGUGGUGAACCAGGUGGCGCUGGAGGGCGGCAGCGGCGCAGACACGGUCACCACACUGGCCAAUGGCUGCCUGUGCUGCACGGUCCGCGGCGACCUGAUCAAGGCGCUCAACAACCUGUACACGCGGCGGAAGGACAUCGACCACGUCAUCAUUGAGACCACUGGCCUGGCCAACCCCGCCCCCAUCAUCACCUCCUUCUACGCCGACCCCGACCUGCCCUCCCGCGUCAAGCUGGAUGGCGUGGUCACCGUGGUGGACGCACUCAACAUCAGCCGGCACCUGGACACCAAGGACGCCGACCCCGAGAAGGUGUCGGAGGCGGUGGAGCAGGUGGCCUACGCCGACCGCCUGCUCAUCAACAAGACCGACCUGGUGACUCCCAAGCAGCUGUCGGAGUUGGAGGGCCGCCUGCGCGCCGUCAACGCCCUGGCGCCCUUCAAGACCAGCCAGAAGAGCAAGGUGGAUGUGGACUACGUGAUUGGUGUGGGCGGCUACGAUCUGUCCAACGUGGAGAAGGAGCUCAACCUGACUCUGUCGGGCCACCACCACCACGACCACCACCAUGACCACGACCACGACUGCAGCGGCUCCAACUGCUCGCACGAGAGCCACAAGCACGACCACGCUCACGACCACGACCACGACUGCGCCGGCGCCGACUGCUCCCACGAGUCCCACAAGCACGAGCACGGUCACGCACACGCGCACAGCCAUGACCACGACCACGCGUCUCACAGCCACUCGGACUCGGAGCACAACUGUGCCGGCGCUAACUGCUCCCACGAGAGCCACAAGCACGAGCAUCACCACCACGAGGAGGAGAAGAAGGUGGUUCACGACGACCGCGUGUCAUCAGUGAGCUUCCAGUUUGACGGCGAGAUGGACCUGGACAAGGUCAACUACUCUCUGGGCUUCCUCCUGGAGACCCGCGCGGAGGACAUCUACCGCAUGAAGGGCAUCCUGGCUAUUGCGGGCUCCGAGUACCGCUUCGUGUACCAGGGCGUGCACCAGGUGUUUGAGGGCGUGCCCGACCGCAAGUGGCUGCCGGGCGAGCCGCGCACCUGCAAGAUGGUGUUCAUCGGCAAGUACCUGCUGCCCGAGGACUUCCGCGAGGCCUUUGAGAGCUGCCUGGUCAAGAAGGAGGACAAGCAGCCCGCGCCCGUGGCCUAGGCGGCCCAAGAGGUGGUGCGGGAGGCAAUGGGGAGGAGGUGGGGGGAGGCUGUGGCUGUGGCUGUGGCGCAAAGGAGGAGGUGGUCGUGGCUGGAGGAGGGGGAGGGUUGUAAAUACCAGCUCAAAACUAAAGGCGAAGGGAGGGAGAGGGAUGAGGAGGAUGCCUGGCUGCAGGUAGCCAGGUGGGAUGGGGAACCGGGAGGCGGGAGGCCGCGGCUCAGGCGGCGAGUGGUGCGGGGUUCAGUACCGUAAACGAAGUGGUCGGUACCGGGAAUGGGAAUUGGCUGAAAAGUGCCGUGAGUGCAGUGUGCAGGUGCACCCUGUACCACUGCCGGCACGGCAUGUGUGUGUGUGUGUAUGUCAGUGUGUACACAUCCUCCUGAGGAAUGAUAUGAGAGGUCAAAGCGUAAGACUGAGUGCAUGGGGCUCUGGCUGGCUCUGAUCGUGGGCUCUCCGCUCUCGCCAGGUCACCACCGCGGACUGCAACCGCGGCUGCAAGCCUGCAAGGAACCCCAGCACGAGACCAUUUCCAGCAAGCUGAGACCGUGUGCGGCACUGCAUUUUACAAGUUGCACGGAAGGAUCUGGCAGGGCAAGAUACAAUUGUGCAAUCCACAUUCCAGA